CCCGUCGUGCACCGGAGCACCAGCGAUUCACCCGGAAGGAGAAGCCGCGAGUGGCUAUAUGGUGGGGCGCCGGCGGUGUUCCUGUGAGGAGUGGGUGCUGCUCUCAGAUGUUUUCUUCCAAUGGGCUUUUGGUGUAAGAUGUUGGAGAACCAAGAGCAGGAGGAGGUCAUCACUGUGCGAGUUCAGGACCCCCGUGUGCAGAAUGAGGGCUCCUGGAAUUCUUAUGUGGAUUAUAAGAUAUUCCUCCAUACCAACAGCAAGGCCUUUACUGCCAAGACGUCCUGUGUGCGUCGCCGCUACCGUGAGUUCGUGUGGCUGAGAAAGCAGCUACAGAGAAAUGCUGGUUUAGUGCCUGUACCUGAACUUCCUGGGAAGUCAAGUUUCUUUGGCAACUCGGAUGAGUUCAUUGAGAAGCGACGACAAGGUCUGCAGCACUUCCUCGAAAAGGUCCUGCAGAGUGUGGUCCUCCUGUCAGACAGCCAGUUACACCUCUUCCUGCAAAGCCAGCUCUCGGUGCCUGAGAUAGAGGCCUGUGUCCAGGGUCGAAGCGCCAUGACUGUUUCUGAUGCCAUUCUUCGCUAUGCUAUGUCCAACUGUGGCUGGGUCCAGGAAGAGAGACAGGGCUCUUCCCGCCUGGCUAAAGGAGACCAGCCGAAGAGUUGCUGCUUUCUUCCAAGAUCAGGCAGGAGGAGCUCUCCUUCACCACCUUCUGGGGAAGAAAAGGACCAUUUCGAGGUGUGGGCUCCUGUUGUGGACUCGGAGGCUCCUUCCUUGGAAAGCCCCCCUCUGCCGCCCCCCUCCUCACCAUCAUGUUGUGAUUUUGUGAGACCUGAUGAGGGGAUCUCUGCUCCUCAGCCUGUGAGGAGGGCCAUGGGAGGAGACCAUGCUGUGCCUUUGGACCCUGGUCACUUAGAAACAGUUUUGGAAAAGUGAGCUCUGGGUUCUGCUCCGAGGUGGACGGAGAAGAUGCAGGCCAGGAGACUGGCUCGGGUGGGAUCGGGCACAGGGCAGGUGGUGGGGAGGCUGGGCUGCUGAGUGGCUCAGGGUUGCCUCUGCUCAGGUUGCUUGCACAGAGGUCGGUCACGACGACUCCUCAAGCUUCCUCCAUAGGAAUAAACACUGCAGGUGUUUGUAAGUUAA